AUGUUCGCCUCGUCAGCGUUGAAUGGCACGCUCCGCGUAUCGCCUGCUGCAUCGACUGGGAUUUGUCAAUCUCGUAUGGUAGAGGAGGACGACGACGACGAUUAUUCCGUGGUGAUGGUAGACGCCCACUGGAGUCUGCCGUCCUCUCCAAGUCUCUCUCCUCUCUCAGAGGCCCCAUCCUCUCCCGGCGUUGAAGUUGUUGUUAAAUCAGAACUGACAAGUUCGCCCGAUUUCAGACCUAGCAGGCUACCGUUCAAGGUGCCUACAGCGCCCGACCCGAAAACCUUCGUCUCUACCAAAGCCGCAAUUCCCCUCUCCAGCAACAACACUCACUCUCGUCAUCGCCAAGAUGUUCCAAAUAUUGUGAAUGCCUCGGCCUUUACCUCGUCACCGGCAUCUCGUACCAUCGGUCACCUGCCCAACACACUUGAAACUAAUGUUUCGAGCUCAAACUCUCCUCUUAUCAACGAUGUCCUAACUUAUCCAACCCGACGUCCCCCGACGUCUAACAAGGUUUUCUCAUCCUCUAAGGAUCUAGCGGCCCACUAUGGUAUCCCACAUAUUCUGCCACCAGCGCCCCGAACUGUACCUCGUCGACUAUAUAUUACACCAUCAUCAUCACAACCAGAACCAUCGGCCAUCUCUGACUUCAUGUCGAUGUCCAAGAAUUAUCAAAACAUGCUCGCCCAAAAAUCGACCGAUACCUCCAUGACCGCCGAAAGCGAACCAGCUCAACCAGCGGGCGGCAUGGCGCCGCCCAACAAUCCUGAAAUGGAAGACACGUUAAAGCUCAUUGCGGACAUUAUGGGUAAAUCCUCGCUCCCGCAGUCCGCUGUUUUUCACAUGACUCAUCACGCUCCCGCUUGCACAGCUUCGCCAGAGUUCAAGGACCUCCACAACUUUGAACAGCCUUGUUCCUCCUCUGUUGACAUGGAAGAGCUCCUCACGUCCCCUCUGGACCUAUUCUUCGACUUCUCUUCCUCUACGGAACAACAACAACAGCAACAACAACAACACUUUACUUCUCCUAUCGCCGCCGUCCCUGCUCUCAUACCUGACUCUUACACCGAGUCACCAUACUUCGAGUCACCGUUCGAAGAGUUCUUGAAGACGCCUGUAGUAGCCGACAGCCGACACGAGAUGCUGUCAGGUUACCUGGAGGACAUGGACUACAGCAACGGCCCCCUUUUCAACGAUGAGGCUACCGCCAUCCUCAGGCAGGCUGAGCAAGACAAGCCUGCUGAUGUCCCUCCACAGCUCGACUUGAACUCCUUGUACACCAUGCCUCCUGAGACCCCACUCCUAGACACAUUCAAGUCUCCUUCGCUCUACCCCUCUCCUCGACUCCCAUCAACCCUCUCCGCCUUCCCCUCUCCUGCUCCGUCGUCCUCCUCUCUUCCAUCUGGGUCCACCACUAGCCGACGGAGGACUACCGCAACGGGCACGCGCAAGGGCCUCACCCCCGAGUCCCUCGUCCCCAUCGACGCGCCCACGCAACCGAGGAAGUACAUCAGCCCCUCCGCCACCUCUCGCAAAGAGCUUCCCGCCAUCUUUGCCCGCAAACGCUCGCGGUCAACAGCGUUUGAGGGGGACGACGAGCUGGCAGAGGAGGAACCGGGUCCCAAUGCCACAGAGAAGGAGCAGAUCGAGUGGAAGAGGCGGCAGAAUACUCUUGCGGCGAGGAAGAGCCGGAAGAGGAAGCUGCUUCAUCAGCAGGAGCUUGAGGACAGCGUUGAGAGGCUUACGCAGGAGAAGGAGGUGUGGCGGACACGAGCGUUGACGUUGAGGCAGCUUUUGCAUAGUCAUGGUGUGCCUUUCAACGAGUUCCAGGAUUAAAAGCCGCGAGCGCCCUGAUACCUUUUCCCCAUCGCUACCUAUCAAGAUAUCUAUGAACAAAAUUUCGUUCCCCAUCCAUCUUUCCCUACCUACCUCUUUCCUUUCUUUCCUUCUCCUUUCUCUUACUGAAUCUCGAACAAUGACGUCUGGCACAGUUUCAAGGUCGUCACUCCCCAAUGUCUCUUUAGUCUAAUUGACGGCGCUCCGUGUACUUGUACCCCCUCUUCUACCUUCCUGGGCGCCGUCCGUACCAUUAUCAAGUGCUUUGUAUCGCUUCCGUAUUCCAUGCUACCGUCUACACCAUAUGCAUAGCUAGUCUGUCGAAAUGAAUGAAUGAAU